AAGAGAGAUCAGCAAGAGCCGCGAGGUGAGGAAGAAGACUAGGAAACAUCCGCCGGAGCACUCGCCGGGAAAUCACCUGCUCCGAUCUCCGGCGGAAGGCGUCGAGCUCGAACCGGGAGGCAAAUGAGCGGAAGUGACUGUCGGCAUCACCAGCAGCAGCCGAAUCGCCGUCGCCGGAGCGGAGGCGAGAUGGAAACCGAUAGGCUCAAGGCGGGGGAGAAGGAGGGCGCGGCGGCGGCGAAGCGAGAGGGAAGGUUCGAAAAGAGGCUUGUGAAGUUCGAUGAAUUGCCGGAGUACAUGAAGGACAACGAGUACAUACUGGACCAUUACCGGUGCGAGUGGCCGUUGAAGGACGCGAUCCUCAGCGUCUUCGCUUGGCACAACGAGACGCUCAACGUGUGGACGCAUUUGGGGGGAUUCGUCAUCUUCGUGACGCUGACGGUGAUGAGCUUGAUGGAGAAGACGGGGACGCGCGGCUUGCUCGGUGAUUUCUCCAGGGCCGCCGUCCCAGCGCAUUUCGCGACCGUCGUGAUCAAGAACGCCAGCCUCUCGGGCAGUGCGGUCAAUGAUUCGCAUUUAGGACAGAUACAACAUCCGCCGCUCCUCGAUGCCCUCGAACCCAACCACGAGAGCAUCGCCGGAUGGCCUUGGUUCGUCUUCCUAGCCGGGGCCAUGUGCUGCUUAAUCUGCAGCUCCCUCUCCCACCUCCUCGCCUCCCAUUCCAGGAAGUUCUACUUCUUCUUCUGGCGGCUCGAUUACGCUGGGAUCUCCGUCAUGAUCGUGUGCUCCUUCUUCGCCCCGAUCUACUACGCCUUCUAUUGCCACCCCUAUUCUUGCUUCUUCUACCUCGGCACCAUAAGCGUCCUUGGCACGCUCGUCAUAAUCACUCUUCUCUCGCCCAGCCUUGCUUCUUCAAAAUUCCGUCUCUUCAGGACCUCGCUCUUUCUUGCCAUGGGCUUCUCCGGACUGAUUCCCGCGGCUCAUGCUUUCGUUAUUUAUUGGGGACACCCCCCCAUUUUCGUCGCUCUUGGGUACGAGCUCCUGAUGGGUAUUUUGUACGCCUCUGGAGCAUGGUUUUAUGUUGCCAGGAUACCCGAGAAGUGGAAACCCGGAGCGUUUGACAUCGCCGGGCAUAGCCACCAAAUCUUCCACGUGCUUGUGGUCGCGGCUGCAUUGGCUCACUGCGCUGCAACGUUGGUGGUCAUGGAUUUCCGUCAAAGAACACCGAGUUGUGCGAUGUAGGGCUUAGCUACACAACACUCAGAUUUGUGAGAUUGUCUUACAAAUUACCAACGGUGCAAUUAGCCAUUCUUAUGCAAUGCAGCCUAUCGUUACCCAGCAG